UGCUUCAUGUAACUUGAAAAACGAAAAAAAUCGUUCGCGCGUGCGAAAGAAAAUAAACGAAAGCAUAUUCAUUGACGUUUCUUUUGUUUUUAUGCCAAAAUUUGACAAAAAAAAUAUUAUUUAUCAUAAUUUAAAAUGUUGCGAGGAUAUUUGACGUUGUUUUUAAGUGAUAGUGAAGAAAGUGACGAUGGUUUUGUAUCUCAGAACUUGAGAAAUAUAAGAAGAAAUCUUCGAGAUCAUUCUGAUCCAUUUUCAUUACCAGACCAAAACUUUAUUCAACGAUUCCGACUAAACAAAAUAGCAUUCAAGUAUGUGCUGGAUAAUCUACACGUUAAAACAGGAAAACGAGCUACAUAUAUUCCUCCAAUUCUAAGACUGUGCUCUACCUUAGAGAUAUUGGGUGGAGGAUGCUAUCAAUGGCUUGUUGGAAACGAUUUCGCUUGCCCCCUUGCACAAAGCACUUUGUCCAAAGCAUUUGACGAGUGCUUAAACGCAUUGGAGGACCAAUUUUGCGCGGAGUGGAUUAAGUGGCCAUCAGAAUUCGAAGAAGAUGAAACAAAACUUUAUUUUUUUGAUAAAUACAAAAUACCUGGAGUAAUCGGUUGCGUUGAUGGUACCCAUAUAGGCUUACUUCGUCCCACUGCAAAUGAAGAAAUGUUCUUCAAUAGAAAGGGCUUCCACAGUAUAAAUGCCAUGAUUGUAAGUAAAAUUUAA